UGCCACCCCGAGCCUGGGGACCUGAUCGAGGUCGACAUACUGCCUUAUCAUCACUGGGCCCUCUACAUCGGGGAUGGAUAUGUCAUCCACUUGAUGCCUCUAGAUACAGGAGAACCAUCAAGAUUCAGCACAAAGGGCAAGGUGAAGAAAGAGCUCCUGAAAGAGAUGGUGGGAGAUCAUACAUGGCGUGUCAACAACAAGCCUCACUGCUCCCGCACUCCUCUAACAGUGGAGGAGAUCAUUCGGAGAGCUGAGCAAUGGAUUGACAAGGUGGUACCAUAUGAUAUCGUUACUAGGAACUGUGAGCAUUUUGUGACAGAGCUUCGCUAUGGAGAAGCAUUCUCUGACCAGGUCAGAAAAGUAGUUAUUGCUGCUCUUGGAGCCCUAGGUGUCAUUUUUGGUGUGUUUUUCACUGUUUUCUUGCGUAAGAAGAAAGUCUUCAAGUGAUGGGUUAUCUGGAAGAGCUCAGAGCAAGGCAGGAGGAGCCCCUGGACACAGCUGUCACUGGUCAACUUUUGCUACACCUGCCAUCAAGGCUUCCUUGCAACUGUGCCUUUCUGGAAACAUUAAAUAAGCCUUAAGAAAUGUCAGAAACUCAAACUUUAAUUGCCCCAAAAUCCUCUUGUAUACAAGUAUAACUUUGCAUCUAAAUUCAACCAUUUGGCCUUGCUUUUCCUUGCUAUCUCGUUAAGAAAUACAAAGUCAAGAUUGUCACCAUUCAACAUGAUCCACAGUAGUUCUAGCCUGGUUGCCACAUUAUGUUUUGUUUCAUUGUCUAUGAUGAUUUUUUGUGGUAGUCUGGGAGCUCUUGCAAGCAAUUUAUGCAUUCCCUUGCCCUUCCCCACACCUCCCCUCCAGUGCUUUGCUGAGGACAGGUGCAGGCUUUUCCUCGUGUGUUCCUCAACUAGCUCCUGGAGGUUCUUUCUUUGUAUCACUCAAAUAAAAAGUACU